CUUGAAAAUUUACAAUAUAAGUGCUCUUCUCUCUGUUUUUCUCUCCUUUCUGUUAUUUCCUAAAUUCUACUACACUUACCUGUCAAGGACGGCUCUAUGGUCCUGAAGUGGACUACAUUAUUUUUUUGAUUUUGAGUGACAUCAAAUGCUCUACAGCGACAGCAAGCGGCAUUUGAAUAGCAUUUAUGCCUCCUGGUGAACUUUAACAAUAAUGCGGGCAUAGUAGGUCUAUUGUUUGUUUAAAUCGCCAUACUCUGUCAUUUUGAGCCAUGCUUCGACCCAAUUUACACAUACUAGCGGCUCAACGAGUUCAUCAGGCCUUGUUUUUAAGGCAGCCCUUAAAGCAUUGCAAUAUGUUACAAUCACUUCCGACAAUGCGUCCAAUAGCACGUACCCCUGGCACUGCUCAACGUGCCUAUGCGACAAUAAGCAACACAGUGGCAAAGCCAGAAAAGAAAAAAUGGUCAAAACAAAAUAUAUCAGCAGGCAUGUACACAGCAUCUAUUUUCAUUGCCAUGUUGGGUAUGUCAUAUGCUGCUGUUCCCCUCUACCGUCUCUUCUGCGCCAGCACAGGCUACAGCGGUACACCACAGAUUGACAAAGCUCGUUUUGGAGCUGAAAGACUCGUACCAAAAACCGAAUCGAAACGUAUCAGAGUAACCUUUGAAUCGAAUACAUCAGACACAUUACCAUGGACAUUCAAACCCGAAGUACGAGAGGUGUACGUGGUGCCAGGCGAGACAGCCCUUACCUUUUACAAAGCGAAAAGCAAAGCAAAAGAAGAUGUCAUUGGUAUUGCUACUUAUAAUGUUACACCUUACAGAGCAGCAUCCUACUUUAACAAAAUUCAAUGCUUUUGUUUUGAAGAGCAAAAGUUGAAACCCGGAGAAGAUGUUGAUAUGCCGGUCUUUUUCUUUAUAGAUCCUGAUAUCUUGGAUGAUCCUUUAAUGAAAGAUGUCAACACUAUCACUCUCAGUUACACCUUCUUUAACUCAAAGUAUGCAAAAGGACUACAACCAGUUCAACCAGCUGCUACUCCUGCCCUUGCGUAAAAGAAAAGAAGAUAAAAAAAAAAAAAAAGAAAA